UUUAUUCAUUAGGCGUCCGAGUAGAAUUCAAUUAGAAUAUUUUACGGUCAUGCGAGGAAGCAACGGAAGUAGAAGAUACUUAGUACGUCUAACAGUGCCGAUGGAAAAUUGUUAAAAAAUAGUGCUGCCAAUUCGUUAUUUAAAUAAACAUGCGAAUUCCAGAGCCCCGCUGAAGGCAACGGUUGAAGUGCACGUUAGAUCGCCAAAGUGACGUGACCGAACCGGAGCGUUUUUUGGAGGAGAUUGUGAUUUUUUUCGACACCUCUUUGGAAAAUUCGCGUCCAGCGCGGCAGACGCGGUCGCGGCCGCGUCAAGUUAAUUUUGAAAUAAGUUAGCCGGCAAGUUUGAAAGUUGCCAGUUGCGAUUCGGCGACGGAGGCAGGAAAGUAUAUUCGUGCGGCGCGCUAGAGAUACCAAAAAGCGCGUGUGCAUCGCAUCUAACAAAAAUAAUAAAUAUAGCAUGUGGCGCAAAAGUGUGCGAGUUUUCGUUAGUUUGAGUUACUCGAUAAACUAAAUCUUUUUGGAUAUCUGCUACGGAUGGCGAUUUUAAAAGUCUUUAGGGUGAUGGUGUCAGCCUAUACAUCCUUCCUGGUAUUCUCGAGUCUCGCGUACCUAGUAUCGGCCUCGAUUUGCCCCGACGGACAAUACUUAAACUCCAAACUGCAAGUAUGCAUGAACUGCACGGACUGCAAGAACGGCACGGUCGUCCUGAGACCGUGUGAGUUCCACAGGGACACCCACUGCGGGCCGAUCAGCAAGUUACUUAAGACCAUGGACACCGGCAACCCCCAUCGGCACAAGCACAACAACAAACACCACCAGCGCAGGGAGCACAACGACGACGUGGUUUGGAGGUACGGGAGCGACAUCGUCAGGGGUGGUAACGCGGAGGACCAGCAAGCGGUCGCCUUGGAGGUCGCCAGCUCGGAGGCCCCGUUUUCGAGUGCAGAGACUCUCGUGUGGGACUGGCAGGCGGUGGCCCUCACCUCGGCGGUAUUCGCGUGUAUAUUGUUUUUUCUAGUUAUCACCCUCUAUUCCUUGCACCAGGCCAGGCAGUGGAGGAGGCUGAAGGAGAAUUUUGAGGCCGACGUUGAAGAACUGUCAGCCAAAUUAAGUUUGAUGGCUGCAGCCAGCAGCGAGAAGGGCGAAUUUUUGGAUCCGGCGGGAAUAGGACCCAUGGGUGAAAACUACCUCAAUAGCAGAUGCGUCUAUUUGGAGCAACUGCUCAGCGUGAGAAAAGAUGGAAGCAAAAGCGGCACCCUACCGAAAGGAAAUGUGUAUAUAGAAGAGACAAAUUCAAAAACAUAGUUCAGAUUGUCUGAAGAAAUGAAAAAAACAUUUUGAAUGUAAUUGCGUCAGUUUCAGUGACGAUACUAAUGGUUCUGAUGUAGAUAGAAGUCAUAUAUUAAGGCCUGUAAAACCAGGUCGUCCAAUUUGCAUCGUGGAUGCUGAUUUUAUAGUAUUUUUAAUGUAUACUUAUACCAGUAUUAUACAGAAGUAAAAUGUAUAAAAUUACCUCAAUUGUAAUAAAAUCGAAGGGAUAGAAUUAAUCAAAUAUUGCGUUAUUGGUAUUACUAACAAAAAAAAAAAUUUGGAAAUGUUUUUAUUAAUACGUGUAAAAAUUAUUUUGAAUGUUUCAAAUAAACCAUUACCUAAUUUAUACUGUUUAUUAAACAGACAUGUAUUUUCAUAUAUUCCUAAAUCAGGGCUUAAUAUAUGUACCUAUAAAUCCCAAGUACAAGUUGUUUAAAUUCUUUUUGUAAAUUUAGUAGGUAUACUGUAUUUAUUUGUGUAUUAGAAAAUAGUAUGUACUAUCUC